AUGGCCUCCAAAGUGGUUAGUGCGGCGAAACUUCUCAGCAAGAGGUCACAUGUCAUCCCAGGUCAAUUCCUCGUCUCUGAGCUCUUCUUUGAGGUUCCGAAGGACUACAGCAACCAAGCCUCGGGCGUUCUCCAAUUGUUCGGCAGAAGUGUCACCAAGCAUGAGAGACCUAUAGUCCCUCCCAGCGAAAGUGAGAAGAGGCUGGCCGAACAGAAACCAUGGAUGGUGUUUCUGCAAGGUGGGCCGGGCUUUGGAAAUCCGGAGCCUCAAGAUAGUCCCAUCACUCGCACUGCAUUGGACAGAGGGUAUCAGGUCCUGUUUCUGGACUAUCGAGGAGUUGGACUCAGCUCCCCGGUCUCUGCUGCCACCCUAGCCCUCGAGGGUAACGCCCAGAAACAAGCCGACCACCUCAAGUUACUUCGCCAAGACAACAUUGUCAACGAUCUAGAGGCCAUCAGAGCCUAUCUCACCGAAGACUUUCCGGAAGAGAAGAAGAAGUGGUCCCUCUUUGGACAAUCGUUCGGCGGCUUCGUGUCUCUCACCUACCUUUCAAGGUUCCCUCAAGGCCUUCGGGAAGUCUUCCUCACGGGCGGUCUUGCGCCCGUUGGCAAGUCGCCCGAGCAGGUGUAUGAGGCAACUUUCAAGAAGGUCCAGGAGAGAAACCAGGCCUACUACCAAAAGUAUCCCGAAGACGUCGAGGCCGUCCAUCAGGUGGCUCGUUUCAUCCAGGAAAAGAAAAAGGUCAACCUCCCUGGCGGCGGAUAUCUCACGAUCCCGCGGCUUCUCACCCUUGGCCUUGCUUUUGGUGCUCAUGGAGGACUCGACUCUGUGCACUCGACCAUCCUCAAGCUGAAGACAGACUUGGACCAGUUUGGCUUUUUCACACGCGCGUCCCUGACGGACGUGGAAACGGCCACCUCGUUCGAUAGCAACAUCAUCUAUGCCAUCUUGCACGAGGCAAUCUACACCGAUGGACCAGGUGUCGCUUCCAACUGGGCAGCCUACAGAGUCGGCAAGUCCUUGGAGAAGUUCUCGUGGUUGGAAAAGGAACCCACAAUCUCUGAGUACACAGCUCCGCCCCUCUACUUCUCGGGCGAGAUGAUCUUUCCACUGCACUUCGAGACAUACCCUGAGUUGAUCGAACUGCGCGAAGCCGCCGAGAUUCUUGCAAAGUUUGAUGGAUGGCCAGACCUGUAUGAUCAAGAGAAGCUGCGCGAGAACACAGUGCCUGUGUAUGCCGCAGGCUACAUCGACGACAUGUAUGUCGACUACGAGUUCGCCAAGGACACGGCCGCGCUCGUCAAGGCCAAGGUAUACGAGACGAACCAAUUGUACCACUCAGCGCUGCGCGCCAAGACGGAAGAUGUGAUGAGGGAGCUGUUUAAGCUUCGUGACAACCCAAUCGACUAG